AUGACAAUAAAGACGGUGAGUGAUUUAUGUCGUCGAUAUUCGACAGUUUCUCAUAUUAAUUCAUCGACGAGUGAAGGCAACACAAUGGGUUUCAUGUAUUGGCAAUUGAACGACAUUUGGCAAGCACCAACAUGGGCGUCAAUUGAAUAUGGGGGUAAAUGGAAAAUGUCACAUUACUAUGCGAAACAGAUGUAUCAAUCAAUCUAUGUUUUACCCGUUCUUGAACCCUAUCUCACAUACGAUGAAAAUGCCAAAAUAAGCAUUUAUAUGAUUAAUGAUGGAGUUGCGAAUGAUACUGAGCAAGGAACAAUUGAAUGUUACGUUCAUGAUGUUGAACAGUUUCGACCGCGAACAAAAUUUAUAUUUUUGGUAAAUACAGACGAUCAAAUAGACUCAAAAAUAAUUUAUCAGGUUCAGUAUCAAGCACUGAUUCAACGAGCAAGAUGUCAAAAUCAAUCUCAAUGUUUGAUGAGGUGUUGGUACACAUCUAUGAACGAUACGGCUCUGGAAGUGUACGAACAAACUUUAUUCUUUGCUCGACCAAAACAAUAUCAGCUAAAUAAUCCAAAACUGAACAUUGUCUCAGUCACUAAUCGUUCAUCUGAUAUGACGUCAUUUGAUAUUAGAAUUCAAGCCGACAAACCCGCACUGUUUGUCUGGCUUGAUGUAGUUGGUGUCAAAGGCAGAUUUAAUCAAAAUGGAUUUCAUAUGUUUCAAAAUGAUAAAGUGUUGACCUAUACAACAUGGGGAAAACCAUCAACGGUAAACGAUAUUAUUCAAGGAUUAUCUGUUUCAUCGCUAAAUGAUUUGUAUGUUAUGUGA